AUGCGCAGUGUCAAAGUAAAAAAAAAAAAAAAGACAGCAAUCGGAGAUCAGAGAUGGCGGGCGCCUCCGACCCCCUGGAAGAUAUGCUCUUUUCCGAGGUGGACGAGAAGGCUGUGAGCGACCUGGUGGGCUCGCUGGAGUCUCAACUCGCUGGCCAGAGCAACUCCGCGGUUAAAGCAGACGAAAGCCGAGGCGCUGGCUCAGUUGCCCCCGCUAACCAUCACUUGGGAAAAACGCUAGCAGCUCCGCUGGGCUCCACAACAGUAGAUCAACAACAACAACAAGGGCGCCGCUAUAAACCCGAUAUGCACCAGGAUUUUAACUCGAACGACGAGAACACUGUCACAUCUCCUUCCCUGGGUUGCACACCUUCCUCCGGUGAGCCCUCCAUCGCUUCAGCUCCGGCUGCCAGCAACAGCGGCUCUCAAUCACAUGGAGCAUCCAUCACAACAUUAACCGCGUCCGGCGGUGUGUCAGCUUCCCCACCAGCCAGCAUCAGCACCGCCGAAGCCGGGCUCCCCUCCAAGGCUUCCCCGGGCUCAGGCGAACCUCCUGCGGACGUCAAUCCUGCAAAAAGACGACCAGCCACCCCGCGACGGAGCGCCUCUGUUCGGAUUAAGAGUUUGAACGGUUCCGCUGUGACCACCAGACGGAACAGCGAAGAUACCAGUUCCUUGGACAGCGGUACCCUCACACCGAACUGCACCCGACCGGUGAGCACCUCCGUCAGCACGUCCACGUUCAGCCUAGCGAAUGCCAGCUUGGCUGCAGGACAGUCGGCCAUUGCCCUCGACCGGGGGACCCCAACCAUCGCCUUGCAGAGACUCCCCAGUCACAUCGUGGCCAGCAUCGCCCAGAACGGAACUAGCGUGUCAGCCUUGGCCCAGCAGGGCUCCCGGACCUCACCGGUCACCUCCCCUUCCUCCUCCUCAUCACCGCCUGCCCAGGAGAACCACAGUAAAGCUGACUCUGCAGGGGCUUCCGGCACAGACGAAUGUCAGUCCAAAGUUGUCCCAUCCAGCUCUGUCAUAAACACUGUUUCCUCUGUUGCCAUGACAACAUCCGCUGCCACAACCACCACAACAAUAAGUCAGCCUCUGACCAGCACUACUACUAACACCACCACCACCACCACCACAGUGGCCACCCCCAUGACAACAAGCUGUGUAGGUGGUCAAACCACGUCGGUGACCACUACGAUCAACACGGUCCGGCCCACCGCUUCUUCUCCAACGGCACAGGCUCAGACCCGGCCCGGUCUGACAGCACCUCAGAGGCUGGUAGCGCCCCAACUUAUUGUUAGACCGCCCCAGCAGCAGACGACCAUCCAGCUUCCCCCUGGUUUCACCAUCCCACCUGGGAUGGUGUUGGUCCGGACGGAGUUGGGCCAGCUGGUGUUGGUUCCUCAGCAGGCUUUGGCUCAAGCUCAAGCUCAGGCUCAGGCCCAAGCCCAGGGUCAGGCCCAGGCCCAGAAUAGCAUCUCACCACGACCCGCCACUCCCACCACGGCGGCGUCCUUCAGGGUCACGACGCCACAGUCGACAGUGACCUCUCAGACCACCAGGCAGUGUCCUUUGACCCCGGCCAAGGUGGCGCCGUCUCCCUCUCCCGCUCCUUCCAGCCCUGCUGUUCAGACCUCCUCUUCCUCUUCUUCCUCCUCCUCCUCUACCUCCUGUCCCGCACUUCGCCCAAAGGGCCCCGUGGCGCCGGCCGUGGCGGUGACGGCUCCGCAGCAGACCCCCGUGGUUAUGGCCCCCCAGGCCCCGGCCCAGGCCGCCUCCCAGCCCGCGCAGCCUCCGCAGACGGCCCCUGGAGGUCCUGUCGUGUCCCAGGAAAUGCAGGAGAACGUGAAGAAGUGUAAAAAUUUCCUGGCCACCCUCAUCAAGCUGGCGUCCCACAAUUCUCCGUCUCCCGAGACCUCCAAGAACGUCAAAGCUCUGGUCCAGGACCUGCUGGAUGCAAAGAUCGAGCCUGAGGAGUUCACCAGCCGGCUGCAGACGGAGCUCAAGUCCUCGCCGCAGCCUUACCUGGUGCCCUUUCUUAAGAAAAGCCUCCCGGCCCUGCGGCUAUCUUUGCUCAACAGUCAGCAGUCGCUGACCCAGCCCCCGCAGCAGGGAGUCAAACCGGUGCCCGGCGGCACGCCUCCCGCCGCCGUUGCGAGUGGGCCAACCGUCCACAUACGCCACCCGAACAGUGUCAGCACCACCGCCGGUGCUGUGGGACAUGCAGCUGCCAUGGGCAUGAAGACCACCGGCCCAGUAGGUGGACAAGUUCGUGUACCAGUGAUGAUCACACAGUCUGUGAGAGCUCAAGGCACAAUAGGGAAGGUAGGCGCCCUCCAAGCCGGGAGGACUCCUGUGGGCUUGGCUGUCCAGAUCUCCGGCAAUCAAAAAAACAAGCUCAAUGACCCCGGAGGAGGCUCGUUCAGGGAUGACGACGACAUCAACGACGUGGCCUCCAUGGCCGGCGUCAACCUGAACGAGGAGAGCGCCAGAAUCCUCGCCACCAACUCGGAACUGGUCGGAACGCAGAUCCGCUCGUGUAAGGACGAAGCGUUCCUCCACCCGGGCCUCCUCCAUCGGCGGAUCCUGGAAACAGCAAAGAAGUUCGGAGUCAUGGACGUCCCCAUGGAGGUGGUAACGUUCAUCUCGCACGCCGCCCAGUCGCGGCUUCGCACAGUUGUUGAAAAAGUGUCGGCAAUUGCGCAGCACCGGCUGGACUCCUGCAAGGACGACGAAGGCUACGAGCAGUCGGCGGACGUCCGCUCCCAGCUGCGAUUCUUCGAGCAACUGGAGAGGAUGGAGAAGCAAAGGAAGGACGAGCAAGAGAGAGAGAUCCUGUUAAAAGCCGCCAAAAUGAAUUAGAGUGUGACACCAGUAGAUGGAGUGACCUCCCCGUGUCCUCCCAGGCUCCUGGCCCCAGGGCCUGAGCGUCCUGGCUCCUCCCUCCCUCCUCCCCGACACACAUACACACACACACACACACACACACACACACACACACACACACACACACAAAUGCAGCUGACACACAAAUGCAGCUGACACACAUCCAUCCACACUUCCAACCUGCAAAAUGUCCUCCAUCUCAAGUCUGGAAAAUUCACAGUAAUCAGAAAAAUCUUGUCAAGGGACAGUGUUAUAGCAAGAAAACUACACUUUUGAGUAGUCAGUGUACAGCGUAUUAUUCAUUUUACUAUCCAUUGAAAAUGUCUCAACACAUAGACAUUAUUUAAUAGCUGGCAACACAAGUGAGUAGGAAGUAGGGUUGGACAUCUUUUGAAUUUGAACGACUGCUUUUAAGAGGCAAGGUCAUAAAAGUUUGCGUGGUUUCAAUGAGCUAAGCAGGGCUCUUUUUGGAUGAAAAGUCUGAACUUCUCCAUGGAUUGUGUUUUAAUUAUAUUAACUUUUUAGGAAGUUUACUGUGAAUUUCUCACAGUGCUACUUUUGAAAAAAGACAUAAACAUCAAACCUUAAUAUUCAACUUAAAUUAAACCUAAGUGCAGAAUAUCAAACAAACAAAAGAACAACUUGUAAAACAUUUGUCUGUGAAAAAGUACACAGGCUAAUGUUAGCGGGAUAUUUGAGUUGACCCACCGUGUUAGCACUGGUAUAAUUUUAUUACCUCAUUGUUGGCAAAAGACUGACAAAAUUGAUUGUUUUACAUAGCAGAUUCUGACUGGUUAGUGCGGUGUAGCAUAACAAAGACACUCUGUUAGUUCUACACCUCGAAUUCGGAGGUGUUUAAUCAUGUAGGUCGUCCACGCUCCUAUGCACGAUGAUGCUUUGAUCAUGCAUUAACAAGUACAUUGAUGAUAACAUGUAAUACUUACAGUAUUUUGCCGUAUUUUGAUGAUUUAAAACAUUACCGAAACGUUUUUCCCAGGCGCAUUGCUUUGACAUCGCCCAUAGGAGCUAACGCGACUUCCGUCAACAACAGCAGCGUAGAAACAGCGACGACACUUCCAAUGUCCGCUCUCACUGGGGGUGGCUGUGUCUUCCAGCACAAGACUUGUGCUCCAGUCCACAGGUAAAAAAUGCUGACAGCAACCGAGCAUCUUGGUGAGUCUUUUUAGCGAAAUUGAGAGCCAGUAGUAUCCACUCUUCCGUCUGCCAGAUAAAUAUACUGUAGUUUAUCGUGUUAGCUGCUAUUCCAAAGCUGUGAACUUUUCCAGGUUUCACAGAUUGUGAUGCAUUUGUGUUGAUAUAAAGCUUCUGCUUGGACAUUGACAGAACGAUGAAGAGGUGGCCGAUCAACAAAUAUUUUAAAAAAGUCCAUGUGGAUGGGGGGGGAUAAUGUCCAGUGCGGCCCUGAAGUAGGCUUGAGUUUUUGCCCCGUGUGCGAUUCAGUUUGACGUCCCUGAUUUAGGGGAAACAUGACAUGUGCUGCAACGUUGCGAACCACAGCAUGAUCCGCUCCCUUUUUCCACUCGAGUUUGAUGAGGCAUAACAGCAUGCAGCAUAUCAUGCAGCAUAGCAUGCAGCAUAUCAUGCAGCAUAGCAUGCAGCAUAUCAUGUGUCGCCUUCUUGAUGCGACACCAAAAUAUCCACACAUCAAACACACUUUGUUCCUCGAUCUUGACAAUUUAAAUUGUCCUGAGUGACAAAACAAAUAAUUUUUUACGGUCUUUUGUUGGGAUAAUUGUGUCUUGGCUACAGUCAAGCAUGGAGGUCGUAUCAUGGACUGGGGCUUCAUGAGUGCUGCGGGCAUCCUGGACACAAUUUGGACGUGUUCGCUGUGAGGGGUACUCACUUGUGUUGCCAGCUAUUUAGACAGUAAUGGCUGUGUGUUGAGCCAUUUUCAGUGGAUAUUAAAGCUAACAGUAAGCUGUACACCUACUACACUAAAGUUUCAUUUUUAUAGUAUUGUCCCUUGACAAGAUAUACAGUAAUAACAGUGACGACUGUAAUGUGACCUAUUAAUUGCAGUGUUUUUUCCUGCAUUUGCCGGGGAACAGUGAGCUUAUUUGUAACUCUAGUAGGUGUGGACUCUGUAGAGAAGGUCAAGUCUAUAAAAACUCAAAUCGACCUUUUCAACAAGUUGCUGCAGAAAGGAUUUGAAUUGUAAUCAGUUGAAAAAAACAAACAAAUGUGCAACAGGAUAAACUUUAUAUGCGUAGACUUUUUCUGAUGUGCCUGCCCUACAAGAACGUGCAAAGAUCACCACUGACCAAAGAGAAAGAGCGACAAUCCUCAGCAAAUGAAAAUGCCCAAAGGCGGCCCAUUUAGCGGCGAGCUUCGUUAAUUUAAUUAAUUUUGAAUGGAGCCAAUGUCCCACAGUAAAGAUUCUCAUUGCAGCGCACCUCGUCGUCUUAAUUGCGUUAUUACACUGCGGUCCCUGCCAUGCCCGAUAAUAGAAAAUUCUCUGGUUGAUGAACGCUGGGCACCAAACUUCAUAACCGCACUUUUUUGUUUAGCUUAACAAAACACCCUGUUAAAUAUCUUGUUAAAGCAGGACACUAUUAGCUCUAUCAAUCCCCACUGAUGUAUUUGUAGACAAUGCAAACACAUCCUGAUUGUGCAGUUCUCUAGGAAGCGGUGUGGUACCACAAGCUCUUUAAGGUACAAUGAUGACCAUUGAGUGCUUUGUAGGACCUUUAAAUUAAAUUCUAAAUGUUACAGGGAGCCAUGCCAGCUUGGCAGCUUGGCUAGUACAGAAAAAAUACGAUCACUUCUCCUAGUUCCAGUUGGUGCUCAAGCAGUUAUUUGAUAAGUUGUCUAUUUAUUUUGUAUGUGUUUCCUUAUUAGAAAAUUGUGACGAUAUGAGUUAUUGUUUUAGACCAGAUGCUAAAUUGACUAAAAACUAAAUUCUCUCAUAGUAUAUAAAAAUACAUUAAACUCUUUUGAAACACAGACACAAUCCAUUCUAGGAGGAAGUUUGACCUGAGAUUUCAGAAUUUAAAGUACUGUAAUUUCCAGACUAUAGAGCGCACCGGUACAUUAGCCACACCCAGCACAUAUAAAGAGGAAAAAACGAUUUCUCUGUCAGCCGCAGGUGACCACGUCGUAACACGGGAUAUUUAGUAUGCAGAAAGGUGUUACAGAGGAAGUUUUUUUAAAACUUUUGAUCAAAUAAAUGCUUUUUUCCAAACAGCGUCCAACAGUACGUGUAAUACGGCUAGUUAAAUAAUGCCGAAUAGUGCGUGUAAUAUGGCUAGUUAAACAGUAGCCUGCCAGAAAAGUCAUUCAUCGCCGUUCUCCUCCUCCUCCUGGGAAGUAAAACCACUAAAGUCGUCCUCUUCUUCACAAUUGAACAGCCUCAUUGUCUUUUGUCUCAAUGCAAAUGAGCCCUGUAGCUUGAGUUGUCCUCUUCAUCACGCAGUAGUCUAGCCUUUCAAAACCCAUUGGUGGUAGUGUAGCGUCCGAAAUGUGGGGCGUCUAAAGUCACUCUUUGACAAGACAAAAACUCACAAACUUGUACUCUUUUGGAGCGGACGUGCUGGCAGCGUUUAUUCAACACAACAUGUGAUCAUAGCAUAGCACAACAAUAGUAUCCUUUGUAUGACGUUAUCCAUGCACCGCACUCGCCAGGCAUGACUGAUCAAAUUCCGGUAAUUCAGACUGUUACAAUAGCGACGGAUGGCGGUCCGAGUAUUCCAAAAUGAAGCUGUAGUAAUUCUACACUUGAUUCAACUUACUUUUUUGGUUAGUCAGAUCACAACACGAUCGCCGCAUAACGCUUCAAAAUCUGAUAUUGGCCUCCACUUCACUGCUUCCUGAAGCAGUCACAUCACUGUACAAGCCCCAGUGUUCAAAGCGUGAGAAAAAAAUAGUGGCUUAUACACCAGAAAUUACGGUAAUAUUCCCCAUAAAAGCUAGUAGGCAAGUUUAUUUAUAGAACACAGUUCGUUCACAAGGUUAUGCAAAGUGCAAUACUAGAACGACUGCAUUAUUUUUAAACUGUGCAGGUUCAGUACAGCUUCUGAAUCAUCACCUCCAUGUCCGAGUCCAUGGUUCUCGCCUGGAAAAGGGCGGAGUGCCAUCUCCGGGUCGGGGAUGAGAUCCUGCCCCAAGUGGAGGAGUUUAAGUACCUCGGGGUCUUGUUCACGAGUGAGAGAAGGAUCGAACGCAUGAUCGACAGGCGAAUCGGUGCAACAUCUGCAGUGAUGCAGACACUGCAUCGGUCCGUUGAGUUGAAGAGGGAGCUCAGCCGAAAGGCUAAUCUCUCAAUUUAGCGGUUGAUCUAUGGUCCUACCCUCACCUAUGGUCAUAAGCACCAGACUUUACUACUUCGCGGAAAUUCACUUAUCAUGGCCAGGUCUGGAACCAAUUAACCGUGAUAAACGAGGAAUUACUGAAAAACUAUGGAAUGGACUGAGCAGAGAACUCAAGCAAUGUGCUAAUGUGAGUAGGUUAUUGCUAUGUACUCCUGUCGCUAGGCUUUCAUUAUUAUGUAUUUAUUUAUUGUACAUUCUUUAUUGUUUUCUUUAGCUAUUAGAACAUGAUAAUGUUGAACGCAGCAAGUCAGUAAUUGAGAAGGGGUAGGAUUAAAUAAAGGCUGCUCCUUUUCGGACAUGCUGAUUUAUGCAAGUGCAAUUAUGUUAUGUUCCUUAUUGGAAUUUAAACUAGUAAACUAAACCUUUACCAUACUGACUUGAGAUGUUGGUUAAAUUCAGAGUUGCCUGACCGUUGAACAUGGGAGGGCAGGGAAGCGGUUUCCCUGCUUGUGUGACUUUUGUUAAUCCAUGCAGAUGAUGUCCAGAUUGACCAGAAUAGCAUCGUUCUGUGAGCUUUAAGUGCCGUAAUGCGUCCUUAUGGCCCGCACGAGCGUAUUUAGCGCAGCGCUGAAGGAUUCCCAGGGACAAGUAUAUUCACCCACAUCUUGGCUGCUUAUUAAAAUAGAAGUGCGCUUCCGCCAGGGACACACAUUAACGCAUGGCCACGCUGGCUCACAGUGACACUCACACAACCACUGUCACUGAUACUCACCAACAUCCUUCACCCUUUGUGUGUGUGCGCGUGCUGGCUCAUGCAGAAUUUUUAAUAACCUCUUUUGAUUAGAGUCCCCCUCCAGCGGCUUAUUUAGGGCUGGAUUUGGAGCGGGUUUAAAGGCCACAGCCCCCCCCGGGGGGCGCUCCAUUGCACUUCUCUGAAUUCAAAUACGAUGUCCUUGACACCUCUGUACGCUGUUCCCAUUUUGCACUAUUUUUUGCUGCAGCAGCAACAGAUGAGUAGCGAGGCUUUGUUGGGUAAGGGGGGAGGAGGUGAUUUCUUAACCAGCUGUUAACCUGUGUGCACCCCACCCAUCCCUCUCCUUUUCCACACCCCUCCCCCACCACAUCCCCCACACUUUAA